AUGCCCAAAGCCACGUCCCAAACCUUCUCCCGACCGCACGCGGCGAACGCGCGCCCAACGGGCCCGCCGAAGAACGGCGAGUCUUCUACCGCCGCAGGGGGCGCGGCGGGCGCGAGGAAUCAUCUUUUCAAUACAGAUCGGUUUGGGCAGCAUAUUUUGACGAAUCCGCUCGUAGCGCAGGGGAUCGUGGAUAAGGCGAACCUGAAGCCGACGGAUAUUGUACUGGAAGUCGGUCCGGGUACUGGGAAUCUGACUGUGCGGAUUCUGCCUGUAUCAAGGAAAGUCGUAGCGGUGGAGAUGGACCCGAGGAUGGCUGCGGAGGUGACGAAGCGGGUGCUUGGAAAGCCAGAACAGAAGAAGCUGGAGAUCAUCCUCGGCGAUUUCGUCAAGGCGGAACUGCCAUACUUUGACGUCUGCAUCAGUAACACUCCAUAUCAGAUCUCCUCCCCACUAGUCUUCAAGCUCCUCUCUCACCGCCCCAUCAUCCGCACCGCCGUCCUCAUGUUUCAACGCGAAUUCGCCCUCCGGCUGACCGCACCACCAGGCACGAAAUCCUGGUGUCGUCUCGCGGCCAAUGUCCAGCUCUACGCGCGCGUCGAACACAUCAUGAAGGUCGGCAAGGGCAACUUUAGGCCGCCACCGCAAGUCGAGUCGUCGGUCGUCCGGAUGAGUCCGAGGGAUCCGCCUCCGCCGGUCAAGUUUGAAGAGUUUGAUGGGUUGAAUAGGGUGAUUUUUGGGCGGAUGAACAAGACGAUCAGGGCCAACUUUACGGCGAGGGGGGUGAAGGAGCUGUGUGAGCGGAAUUACAGGACGACGUGUGCGGAGAAGGGGAUUAUUGUGCCUGACGAGUUUGAUAUCAAGGAGAAGGUGGAGGAGAUCCUGGUCGGAGCAGGCUUUGCCGAUUCGCGAGCGGCAAAGAUGGACGUGAACGAUUUGCUCAAACUCUUGGCUGCUUUCAACAUCGAGAACAUACACUUCGCUUAG